AUGGUGAAUGGCGCUGCCCUAACGAACAUAGACGAGCCGACGGUGUUUGAGCUGUGUGGGUUUGGACCGUCAGGCUAUAUUCCCAGAAGCGAGACAGAGCUUGGCAGAACUGCGCCGCACCGCGCCGCCCAGGAGCCCGAAGGCCGGCCACUGCCCGACCGCCUUAGCCCAGCCCGCAAGGGCCGCACCUGCAGGCCCCCUCGCCUCCACCUCGGAGACAUGCAGCCAGAAGGCCAGGCCCGCCCGGCGCCGGACGCCACCCUGGACAAGCUGCAAGCUCAGCUGGCCCUCCUGCCCAGACCCGCCAAGCUCCUCAAGGCGCUGACCAGGCUCUCCGCGCUGCCGCCCACCGCCGCUCUCCUGGACGACUCCCGCCUCAGCAAGGCCCUCAGGCGCCUGCGCGACUACCAGCAGCCGGCCGCUCUGGCCGCACGCUUGCUGGACCGCUGGAGUCCGCUCCUGGACGCUCCGGCCCCAGCCGAAGCCGGCACCGCCAGCCCAAGCAAGAGCCGGGGCCGGAAGCGCUCCAGGGAGGCCCGAGCGGGAGGAAACUGCGGCCAGCAAGAGCCCACGGCCCCACGCGCGGACACACCGGACGCCGCAGAACCCGCGCCCCAGGGACCCCCGAGGACCGUGCCUCCGCUGAGGAUCAAACUCACACGCCUUCCUUCGGGGGCGAGGGCAGCGGGGACCCCCACCCGCUGCCCCCGCGGGCACGCAGACAGCGAGUCCCAGGCCCCCGCACGCCUGUCUCGGGAGGAGUGUCUCGACUACCAACCGCCACCCAGGAAAAAGCAAAGGACCAAGAGCGCACAGGCGGGGCAGGAGCCCCGCACCCAGCACGCUCAAGGGAGCGGGGGAGGCGACGACGACGACGACGACGACGACGACCACUGGGCCUUGGAGUCAGCCGACGGGCCCCCAGCCCGCCCAGAGGACCCGCGGCCUUCCACACGCGAAGACCCCCAGCUGGCAACGGCCCUCUCGGACAGCCUGGCCUGCCGGCCAGACCCCGCUCCCGCUCCGGGAGACGCGGGGGAGGCCCCGCUCCCGCACUGGGACUGGGGGUCCUUCGGGCAGCCUUCGCCCCCACGCCAGCACGAACCGGACUUGGCCCCGUGCAGAGUCAACGCCAAGACCCGCGUGUUCGCGGGCUCCAAGCGAGCCCACGGCCCCGCCGUGCCCAGCCUGCGCCAGCUCUGCACGCGCCUCCUGCAGAAUCACCUGGAUGCCAUCGGCCCGCUGCCGCCCGCCUCCUACUCUCUUCUCCAGCCCGUCCUGCGCAGCUGCUCGCCGGAUCAACUCUACCGCAUCGAGACCUGCAACCCGGGCCUCGUGCCCCACGCAGACCACCUCUGGACGGCUCACUGUGCCCAGAAAUUUCCCACGGACACGCCGAGACCGGGGGAAUCCUGGCGCGACGCCUACCUGAGGCUUCAGCUGGCCAGAGAGCAGCGCCUCCAAGCUCUCACCCUCAAUUUCCGCUCGGCCCGCCUCACCAAGUUGCAAGACGCCCGCACCAAGAUCGUGGUCUUCCACGGCCCAACCGCAAAGCCCUUCCCACUACCGAAGACGCCCCACGUGGACCCCGAAGAAGCCAUUCGGCACGAGACCGAGCCCCACUCAGCCCCAGCCCCCACCGCCUGCCAGCCAGAGCCCCGCACCAACGCCCCCACCUCCCUUCCUCCGGCGGGCCUGCCCGAGGCCACCUCGGCCAACCCAGGCCCUGCCGCUUCCCAACGCACGCAGGCCUUCGCCAAACGCAAACCCAACAAGCCAAUGCCCCGCCUGAUGGCCAAGUCCAUCAAAGACUUCAGGACAUUGCUCUCCCGGCGCUAA